AUGUCAGGUGUGUGGGAUUUUCUAAAACGACAUCGGGGCAAGAUUUUUGUUGGAGCAGUUGCGGCUGGAGGAGCAUUCGUUGUUCAACAAGUUUGGCGAAAUUCCUCGCUACAACUUAAUUCUAAUUGGAACCGUGAUACAGAAUUUAGCCAGACCCAGCUAAAGGCUCGUCGGCAUUACAUUUACGAUACUCAACAUCGAACAUGUGAUAUUUCAAUCCUAGAAUUGUUGCCUGGCAUUGCUAAACGAAUAUCGUUGCAUUUUGAUGUAGAAGCAUUGAUUGAGGAUCUUAAAAAUAAUAAGGAACUCAGCAAGGAACAACGAAUUAUUCAGUGGCAAGAUAUUAAGGUAAAAGCAAUUGGACGAAUGGUUGCAGUUGCCUAUGCAUUUUCUCUAAUUACUGUGACACUGAAAUGUCAGAUUUCAAUUUUAGCUGCUCAACACUGCUCACUGCUUAUAGAAAACGAAGAAGAUCACUGGUUAUUGUUAACAAAUCAAAAUGUUUAUCUCUCUAAAGAAAAUCGUUGA